AAUUUUUUUUGGCGACAAAGAGGCGAUCCAUCGGGAAGGAAACUAGGCAGUGGAUUGGGGCGUGUCAAUGACGGGCGAUCCUGAAAUGCGUUACCAUAACUAACAAAACAGAAAUGGAAAACGGAGCAACCCUCUCUCUCGUUGCCUAAAAAUCCGCUCAGCUCCUCUUCCCUUUCUCUAUAAAAGUUUCUCUCUCUAAUUUCCUGAAUCUCCACUAGCCUCCCCCAUUCUCCCUCUCACACACACACCAAACAUCCGAUCCUUGGAAGUGGAAGCUCCUGUAAUCUUCCUUUCAUGGCGUCGGAUAAAGGCAGGCCCUUGCCCAAGUUUGGUGAGUGGGAUGUAAACAACCCUGCCUCAGCUGAAGGAUUUACUGUCAUAUUUAACAAGGCAAGAGAUGAGAAGAAGACCAAAAAUGCCACUGCAAAAAUCACGUCCCCAAAAAGAAAUGAUGCUGUGCAAAACAACAAUGAUUCUUAUCAGAAUCCUCCUAAGUGGAAAUGGCUUUGCUGUGGUUGAAUCAUAUUGUAAUUGGAAGCUAGAGCCUAGAAGUGACCUAUGAAGUAAUUUCAUGUGGGGAUUUGGGUUCCCCCACAUGAAUGUGCCGGGCGUACUAGUGGAGCAAUUGUAGCCUUCCUCCCUCAUAUCGCUUGGGCUUUUAAGUUAUUUUUUGUUUUAAAUAUUUCUUAUUCUUUUGAUAUAUAAUGAUGAAAGAGAGAGAAAUGGACAUAAAAAUUGUAUAAUAUUGUUUGUUACGUAGAGAUUACCAGUGUCCUCUCUUGUUGGUUCUCAUAGAGAGAACAUCUUUUUAUUAUAUUCAUCAAAGAGAUCAUUUUAGUA